UGUGGUGUCGGACGAUAUACCCUACGGCGACGAGUUGCGAAGCGUAUAAACGACAUCUCCAUACGAGCGGAUCACUUCAACGCCGUUGGUUCCUCUCUCCAUCUUUUCGGUUUCGCCUAUAUCAUACGACUCCAGAUAUUUAUACCCCCAGCGUAGUCCAAACCUCGACGUUUCAACCCCUGCUUGCGUUCCGGCCCUCGACUUUGACCCUGUAGUUGUUCUCGAAGCAGCGAUUUCGAAUUCGAUUAGGCGCUCAGGACCUUGAUAUACCGUCACCGGAGCAUCAGCAUUCCAUAAACCCCCAUACACAGCGCGCUACAGCCCAAAGCUCAACCACAACGAUGCCGCCAGCAGUCACCCCGUCGCUGCCCUCAGCCAAGGUCAUCCACGUUGAUACCAGAGGCGCAAUCAUCUUGUCAGAAGAGUCACCCGAGACUCGAGACAGUCGGGGUAUCUACCUCCCGAACCACAUCGAACCCGUCUCCCACAUCGCUGUCGAUGUUGGUGGAUCUCUAGCCAAGGUGGUCUACUUUACGCGUUCGCCGGAUCCACCACCGUCUCCUUCGAUAGCCGCUACUCGGGGCUCCAGCUCAGCAAGUGACAUCUCCACACCCCGUUCUCUAUCACCAUCAGAGCCCUGCACAACAGAUGAUGCCUCAGUCGUCUCCGCUUCGUCCUCUGUGGCGAGUGGUAAACAUGGCGGGGCGUUGACGCCGUUGGUCUUGGACUGCUGUUCAUCUUCCUCGUCCUCGCGUGCGGAUAGCGUCCAUGGACUUUCAGCGCUACACGACAACCUCCUCCGACAGAGCAACCUUCCCGAUACACGGCCCCACCACUUCCCCGGCGGCUCCCUCAACUUUGAACGCUUCGAAACCGACAACAUCGACGAAUGCGUCGCGUUCAUUCAAGAACUGAUCUCGAGGUCGGCGGAGAUCAACGGGGUGUCGAUAGAGGAGAUGCGGAGGGGCGUGAAGAUCAUGGCUACGGGCGGUGGUGCGCACAAGUUCUACGAGCUGUUCCGACACGAGUUGCAGGUGGAAGUGAGGCGGGAGGAUGAGAUGGAGUGUUUGAUUGAGGGCUUGAAGUUUAUCACUCAGAUUCCGGAUGAGGCGUAUUACUUCUCGGAUGAGUUGAUUUCGUCCAUUUCGCAUCCUGGAUCCAAGGGUGCCCCUACGCUGCCGGAAUCGGUGAAUGCUACACCUUCGACAUCGACUGCUGCCACUCCCAAUGGUUCAGCUGCCCCUGUACCCCUGGAACGACCAAGUCCCGACCCACCACGCUAUGGCGUCACGUUCGAAAGCAACCCAACGCCUCAGCUUCCCUGUCUGCUCGUCAACAUUGGCUCUGGUGUUUCGAUUAUCAAAGUCGAUGAGGAUGGAACCUUUGAGCGAGUGAGUGGAACGAGUUUGGGAGGCGGUACGCUGUGGGGUCUGUUGAGUCUUCUCACCCCUGCAACAUCCUUUGAUGAGAUGUUGGCGCUCUCUGAGCAAGGGGACAACUCGAACGUCGAUAUGCUCGUCGGAGACAUCUACGGCCAGGACUACAGCAAGCUUGGGCUCAAGUCGACGAUGAUCGCCAGUACUUUUGGCAAGGUGUUCAAGAAGGGGCGUAGGCAAGGGACGUUCUCGCCCGAAGACAUCAGCAAGAGUCUUUUGUAUGCCAUGUCCAACAACAUUGGACAGAUUGCGUACAUGAAUGCGGAAAAGUACGGGUUGGAUAGGAUCUACUUUGGCGGGUGCUUUAUUCGAGGACAUGCGGCGACGAUAGCCACACUGUCGUAUGCUAUUCGAUUCUGGAGUAAAGGCAGCAAGCGAGCUUUGUUCCUUCGACACGAAGGGUUCCUAGGGGCAAUCGGCGCCUGGAUCCGGAAUAUUGAUCCCGAUGAAAACGAGAGUGAUUCGUGA